AUGACGACGCCCGUGCUCGAGGAGCGGGGCCUCGUCGUGCCCGACGGCCUCUUCGAGAUCCCCGACGCGUCGCCGAGCGGCGCCGACUUCCAGAUCCCGAGCCAGUUCGACAACCCCCGGGGCCAGUUCCACGGCACGUCGACCUUCGGGCGCAGCGCCCGCGAGGACGCCUUCUCCUACCUGCGGUCCAUCGGCGGCGGCGGCGCCGGCGGCUGGGAGGUCGCCUGCGGCGGCGCGGCGCGCUGGUGCGCGUCCGGCCCCGGGCCCGAGCGCUACGAGCUCGGCGGCGAGGGCGACGGGUCGUUCGGCACCGCGCCGCCCGUGUGCGCGGAGUUCCGCGCGCCCAUGCGCAAGACGACCAAGGGCCGCACGGCCGAGGAGACCGUGCGCGAGCUCACGGAGCGGACCUGGGGCGGCGCGACCAUGGGCGCGGUCGUCGCGUGCAGCGUGCGGUCGCAGGAGCAGUACGCGAUGCCCCGGGCGCUGGACGCGUGCUACGGGUCGCAGUUCGCGCGGGCCGAGCGCUUCGAGAAGGACCCCAUCGACGUGCGGGCCGUCCCCGGCGCCUACGAGGACGAGAUCCACUUCGCGAAGACGACGGCCACGACGAAAGCCGCGGGCAACGCGCACAAGAGCUACACCAUCGGCGAGAGCGAGCGGCGCGUGGCCUUCAUGGAGGGCAAGGAGGGGCCCACGUCCUACAUCGACAUCAACGGCGAGGGCUCCUUCUACUACGACGUCAUCCUCGCGGAGAAGAAGCGGCUCCAGACGCGGCGGCCCUACAUGCUCUGCGGCGUGCCCCGCGAGUGCUGCCCCCAGGAGAUCCCGAAGCGCAAGCCGCUGCCGGUCUACGAGCACGCGGGGCUCCACAAGGUGCUGGCGGACCCCGCGUCCGCCAAGGCCGUCCGGAGGCACGGCCCGGACCCCGUCGACGCGGACGGCGACGACCGCCACAACCUCGCGCGCGCGUGGUGGCCCAACGCCAAGCCCGGCGCGUCCUGGCCGCCGCCGAAGCGGCGGCAGCCGGGCAAGAAGACGGUCGUGCGCCAGCGCAUGUUCGGGUCCGCGGACCGGCUGGAGCUCAUCGACGGCAUGCGCCACGCGGGCAAGCUCCGGUGCGCGGACGGGCCGGGCCCCUGCGCCUACGACCCCUGCGACCCCAACGCGCCGCCCAUCACGGACGAGGCGCGGGCGUCGCUGAACCUGACCUGCGGCUACAAGGCGCCGCCGAAGACGCCCGGCGGCCGCGCGCGGAAGAAGGCCGCGCCCAUCGUCGUGAGCUCCGAGGGCAUCCUCGCGCCCAAGAACCUCAUGGGCUUCCCGCGGCCGCCGAACUGGCUCGACUACCCGUCGCCCGCCGGGGACAAGAUCCUCACCAUGGUGUCGCCCGCGCGCCGCGACGUCCGGAGCUCGAAGUCGCGGCGCGACCUCAAGUCGUCGACGUCCCAGCGGCGCGUCCACGCGGCGGACUACGCCCUCCGCUCGUCCUUCUCGUCGCCCCCGCCGGAGCCCACGCCCGCCGCGGCGCUCGAGGAGUGGCACACGGGGAAGACGAUCUACUUCCUGUCGAUGACGCUCACGACCGUGGGCUUCGGCGACGUGACGCCGACGACCGUCGCGGGCAAGUGGUUCGUGACCGCGUACGCGCCCGCGGGCAUCGUCCUCGUCUUCUCCAUCAUCGCACGCUACAUGAGCGCCGCGGCCCUGGCGCUCCUCGGCGUCCGCGUCGUCGACACGCGGAGCCUGCCGAUCGACGAGUACCGGCCGCGCGACGUGUCGCGCGUCGUCAAGUACUGGAAGCGCUACCUGCUCGCCGCCGCGCCCGUGGCGCUGCUGCUCGCGGGGUUCGUGGUCGGCGUCGCCGAGUUCCGCAAGGGCGACGACGAGCUCGAAUGGUCCGACGCAAUCUACUUCGCGGUCAUCACGUCGACGACCGUCGGCUACGGCGACUUUAACUUCCACCACUCGCGGGGCCAGCGCUUCACGAUCGCGCUGUCCGCGUACACGAUCCUCGUCGUCGUCGUCCUCGCCAACUCCAUCGCGGAGCUCUUCGCGAUCCGACGGCGGCAACUUUUACGGGACGAGGACGUCUGCGACUUUGGCCCUACUCCUUUGGACCUCGAGGAGAUGCUCCUCGACAAGUACGCGGCGCUCUCGGCGGAGGACGAGCGCGCGGGCGCGGAGCCCGCCCUGUCCGAGGCGGAUUACGUCGUCGCGACGCUGGUCAAGGCGGACAUCGUCGACGACCAGAUCUUGUUCGCCAUCCGCCGCAACUUCCACUGGGACGCGCUCGCGGGAGCCACGAAGUUCUCGACGAUGAUUACCGCCGAGGACGUCCACGCGCUCCCGAAGCGGCCGUCGAGCGCCCAGCUCUGGGUCCCGGCGAGCCUCCGGGGCUCUGGACGCGCGCCGCCGGACGACGAGCCCUACGACGCCUGGCGCGCGCGCUACUGGGAGCCGCGCCUCGCCGCGCGCCGCGCGGAGCGGAGCGAGCGGCGCCGCGAGCUGCGCCGCCGGUCGAGCGCGUACGCGUGGGCCGCGGCCGCGGCCGCGAGCGACGCCUUCGACGACGACGCCGAGGACGCGGCCGGCGCCGCGGCCGACGCGCCAAUUAAGAAAACCAUCGGGUCAAAGAAGGGCCCGCCGGCGUGGUGGAAUUUGGGCCACGGCAUCGGGUGCCCCUUCUUCGAGGCCGAGGACCCGGGGUGGCACUGGGUCGGCCCCCGGGGCGCGAAGCAGACCUGCAACGCCACGCAGAAGAAGCCGCCGGAGAAGCGGGCCCGCCUCUGCCGCCAGACGGGCGCUUCCGGCGUCGCCGCGGCGGACGCGUGCCCAAACGCGUGCGUCCGCUGCUGCGCCGGCGCCUCGUUCCUCGACGCGUCGCCCGGCCCGCGCUGCGACGCCGUCGCCCGCGAGUUCGCGGACGCCGCGGCCGCCGCGGCGACGCUCGAGAGCUUCUGCGACGACCCGCCGCCGCGACGGCACGACGACGCGAACCGGACGCACUACCCGGGCCCGCGCGCGGUGGAGAGCGCGUGCUUCGGCAUAUUCCAGGAGGCCCACGUGUCCGCAUCGCCCGGCGACGCGGCGCUGAGCCGGGACAUGCAGGCGAGCUGCUGCAACUACCAGAUUUUGAACCGCGGGCGGAGGAACGCGUCCGCGAUCAUCCGGGGCACGAUCGAGGACACGCGCCGCUACCUCAUGUUCCCGCGGUCCCAGAUCGAGGCCGCGCGCCACUACGCGGCGACGUCGACGCGCGACGUCGACCUGAACUUCAUGGGGCGCCUCUACGACGGCGACGGCGACGACGGCGCGUCGCUCCUCGACUACGCUUUACGGAAGGACUACGACCCCGUCGUCUUCUCGUCGCGCGUCGCGGCGCGCAUGCGCGCCUGGGUGCUCCCCUUCGUGAAGCGCUACUUCACGGCGGACUCCGUGCUGCUGGACACGUCGGUCAAAGACGCCGCGACCCACGUGCCGCUCGGCGCCUACGACCGGUCCGUCGGCGGCGACGGCGCGCUCGCGGGCUUCCGGCCCAUCGCGCUCAACUUCACGACGGGGGCCACGACCUGCAAGAAGGCGACCUGCGACCCGGCCUACUACGAGAAACUCGCGCGGUCCCGGUUCACGCUCGCGCCCGCGGGCGACAUGCCCUGGUCCCUCCGCUUCUUCGAGGCCGUCAUGGCCGGCUCCGUCCCGAUCCUCUCGAGCAAGGAGCACGCGGGCCGCAACCACGCGGAGAAGACGCUCGGCUACAAGUACCUCCUCGUCUCCGAGUACGUCGCGCGGCGGAGGCGGUUCCCGGGCGCGGCGCCCUACUGCGCCGAGUGGGCGGACCACAACCUCGCGAUCUUUCUCGAGCACCAGUCCUACAUCGAGGACCCGGCCACGGUCCGCCCGCGCCUCGACCGGUGCCUCGCUGAGGGCUUCGCGUGAUUACUUUAUGU